AUGUGAUAUCCGGCUUUUCGGUCACAACAAAAAUGGCGGUGGCGAUACGGCUUUGGGUUUCUUUAAAUGUUUUACGGUUUAUCUUUUUGUUGCUUUUUUGUUUGUGUGACCGUUUGAAGAGCGAAAGUUUCCGUCGGACGCUUUCUGUGACGUUGAAUCCUGGUCUGAACUCCUCUGUGGCGCCUCCUGGUGGUGAUUUGCUGCACAUACGAGCGCUGGGAGACAACGACACGCUGCACUUCUUAUUCUGCAGCCAGGGGGCGCCAACGCUGCUGCUAAUUCACACCAACACACCAACGUCGAUUCUGAAGGUCAACUGGACAGAGUUUUUGUCUCCAAACAGCAGCAACAGCCUGAAGGUAACGCCAGAGAGUAGCGUCGUGUCCAGCAACGCCAUCAUUUACAGCAGACUGUGGGAGUAUGACGACGUCACCGCCAACUCCACCUCUGGCCUCUUCCCACCGUACGAGCUGCAGAGCUUCAUCUGGUCUCAUCUUGACCUCUUUGGGACGUCGGCGCGCCUCUGUGGCACAGCGCCAACUUUCAGCAACGGCACACUUUGCCUUCAGCUGUCAGCGUUUGAAUCUGAGGGGCGUGAUGAAGACUAUCCCCGCCUCCUCCACAGCUCAAACUCCUCCCAAUUGAAAGUGUGGCUCAACGGUGUGCCACCCAGGUCGCCUAGCUCACAGUUCUCGUUGGAGUUACAGGCAGUGGGCGGAGCUUUUCCUCUAAGCAGAGUAGAAGUUCUUCGCUCCAUUGAUGACGAGUUCACGCCGUCAAUCUUCCAGGUGUCUCAGUGGGUGCCACCUGAGAACAGCAGCUUGGAUGGUUUCGUGCAGUGGAAGCCCGUGGCGUAUCGCCAGCCUCAUGCAGAGCUGGAAGAUGCAACACCGUGCAGACACACUGCGCCGCAGCAUAUGAACGGCACAACGGCACCAACAGCCUCCAGGCUGAUCCAAGCUUUCUACGGAACGGAAAUAGAAAGCUUCGGAAUCAACAUCAGCUUCGGCAUCGCUGGAGAACCGCUCUACAACGCCACCCGCUUCCUCAGCUGGACAUUGUUGAUGGGUGUCGGCUCUCCUCCAGUUGAUUCCUUCUCUCCUUUGGUGGUCACCAUCAUGGCGGUUGGUCUGGGGACUCCCAUGAUCCUCCUCCUUCUGGGUGGAGUUUACGUCUGUGUACGGAAGAGUCAACUGCCAACCUACGAGCCAAUCAACUAAUGGCAACAUCAUCUGAUCCCACCUUUAGCCAGGAUGCUGGGCGAUCUGGUUUACAUCAGCUUUGGGUCUGUCUGAAGACCAGUGACACAAUGGACACAAAAACAAACUUUUACAGAUGUGAUCCAAUCACGAGCCACUCACCCUCUUUACAGUGAUUUUUAGCUAAAAUUACAAUGAAUCGCUUAUUUUGCCUGAAUGUUUUAUAUAAACGUGUUUUUUUUAAACUGAUUCAUGCAAAAUAUUUUAGUUUUCCUUCUAAAAUUAAAGCAAAGUUUUGUAAUAAAGGGUUUUUUUUCUGCAGCAAUUAAACAAGUUUAAAUGAA